GUUUUGUUUGUUACUAAACAUCAAAAAAGAGAAAAACUAGAGCUCUGAACAAAGGUUUUUUAACUUCUUUCCAUAUGGAUGUGAGGAAAAUAGUGAUAAUAGUAGAAGAUGUACAAGUAUCAAGAACAGCUCUACAAUGGGCUCUUCAUAAUCUCUUACGUUAUGGAGAUUUAGUAACACUUCUUCACGUUUUCCCAAAUUUGAGAUCCAGAACCAGCAACAAACUUAGGCUUCUUCGCCUUAAAGGUUUUCAAUUAGCUCUCUCUUUUCAAGAUCUUUGCAACAAUUUUCCCAACACCAAGACAGAGAUUGUGGUCACUGAAGAAGAUCAAGAUGGUGGCAAAAUUGCUGAAAUGGUUAGACAAAUUGGAGCUUCAACUCUUGUUGUUGGACUUCAUGAUCAUAGCUUUAUCUACAAGAUGGCCAUGGCCCAUAACAGUAUAGCUAGCAAUUUGAAUUGCAAAGUAGUGGCUAUCAAGCAACCAACACCUUUGACCACCACCACAACAAGGAAAAGGACUAUUUCUUUACCUAACAGUUCAACCAACAUGGACUUGUCACAGAUUGAAAUAGCAGCACUGAGUGUCCCGGAAAUUAAUCCACCAAAAAUUCCAUAUCAAAUUUGUCCAGACCCGAGUGCUAUUAUUUGGAGAAAGGGGAGAUCCAGAAGAUGGACAAGAAGAGAUUAAAAAUCAACAAAUUAUGUAUAUCUGCUGUUAUUAAUUAUUUGAUGACAAAAGUGGUUUUUGAAUUUGUUAGUUUGACUCAACAGGGCAUAGAACAAAGACAGAAAAAAAAAAAGAUUCACAAAAUUUACAAGUUGGUUGGUAAUUUGGCUAAUGAAUAUUCAUAAUUAUGUGAUUCAUUAUGACGAAAACAAAUAUAGCUGUAAUUUUCAUUAAUCUGUAUGGUAAUUUGUACUAUUGGUAUGCCCCGUCUGUCAUAACUUGUGAACAAGACAAAUGUUAUCGUAGCGACAAAAUUUGUGUAUCGAAAAUGUUUAGAGCCCAAAAGGCCCACGAGACCAUGAUUGACAUGCC